AUGCCCCGGGGAUUUUUAGUGAAGAGGAUCAAACGAGCUUCGCCGGCUUUCUACAGGACACGAGAGCCGGAGAGCGAGCCACGCUGCCGCGUGGAUCUGUCCCUGCUGGUGGAGACACCGAGCGUGGAUGUGUCGUCACAGUCCGCGGAGCCACCGGACGCGCAAGUGCCAGCGCGGCCACCGGCUACGGUGUCCACCACCUGUCCGGAUGCCCGAGAAGGGAGCGGGUCGCGCUCACGUGCCUCGGAACCCGGCGGAGCGGAAGGAGCUGAAGGGCGGUCCCUCCGCGUCCGUCCCACGCCGGUCCACGCGGGCGAGCACGAAGCGGCGUCUCCGGGACGGGCGGACGCGUCCUACAGCCCCAUGAAGCCCGUGGGCUCGGAGCAGGGCAAGUCCUUCUUCGAAAGGUGUCUCAGCUCCCCGGCCGCGGCCGAGUCCUUCCCGACAUCGACGCCUUCCGCGGAGAGGAUGAUGAUGCUGAAGCACCCGCCCUUCGACACGCCCGUGCACCUGUACUCCCCCCUCCACCAAGCCCUGAAGCGCUCCUACCUGGAGUCGGCGCGCAAAGCCAAGUCCGCGUGCAAGAAGCCCAAAGCGACCAGGAAGCUGAGCUUCGAGGACGAGGUGACCACCUCCCCCGUGCUCGGCCUCCAGAUCAAGAAGGAAGGUCCGGAGCCGAAGGCGCCCUCGUCGUCCAGGAGGAAGCCCCUCGGGGAGUUCAUCUGCCAGCUGUGCAAGGAGGAGUACCCGGACCCCUUCUCCCUGGCGCAGCACCGCUGCUCGCGGAUCGUGCGCGUGGAGUACCGCUGCCCCGAGUGCGACAAAGUGUUCAGCUGCCCCGCGAACCUCGCCUCGCACCGCAGGUGGCACAAGCCGCGCCCGGGGAGCCACGGAGAGCCGCCCGGCGGCGCCAAGAAGCCCGCGCCGGCAGCGGGACACGAGCCGGAGAAGCGCUCGCUGGAGGGGAAGGAGAACACGAAGGUGUCGGGCGGCGAUCAGCACCACGCGGCCGCGGACAGCGACGGUCGGGCGGCUCAGCGACACCGCGCGGCAGACGGCGGCCACGGGCCGGACCCGCGGCGGAAAAAGUGCCAGGAGGAGAGCGCCGCGGAGGGCCCCUUGGACACUUCGCGCAUGCGCGCCGGGCCCGGGCUGCUGCGCUGCUCGGACACCCCGGCCUCCGCUUACCUGCCCUCGGCGCCGUGUCCCCCCGAGGAGGUGUUCGAGUGCCGCCUCUGCGACAAGACGUUCCGGCGGCAGGCGUACCUGCGCAAGCACCUGUCCUCGCACGAGAGCGCGCGAGCCUCCUCCUACAGCCACAUAGAGAUAGAGAGCGGGCAGAUCACGUUCCCGUGCCACCUGUGCGGAGCCCACUUCCCCUCCUCGGAGACGCGGGACAAGCACGAGCUGUGGCACGCGGUGCGGGAGGACGCGCUCCUCAGCCCCGGCGCGGAAGGCGCGAGCGCGUUCGCGAGGUCGGAGGCGGCGCGCGCCGAGCCGCAGCAGAUCCUCGCGUGCAAGCACUGCCCCUCGACCUUCUUCAGCUCACCUGGCCUCACGAGACACAUGAGCAAAGCGCACCCGACGGAGAGCCGCCAGGUGAUGCUGCUGCAGAUGGCCAUCAGGCCGGGCUGCUGAGCGCCGCACACCUU